GCCAGGAAUGAGCUGAUGCUGGGUCAGACUGUGUUCUUUUUGUACCACUACUUGAAUUUUUUUAGAACAUGUGAACCACAUCCCUGAAACAGUGGCCCUCUUUUUGGUGUUCUCUGCAUCAUAGUAGGCCUUUGUUGACAGAAUUGAGAGGCCAGGGGUGUCAGUGAAAUGGGAGUGACCCUGAGAAAUUCAGCAAGAGCUUCUGGAAAGAAAAGUUCAAUUAAAGAUGUAAGCCAGUGCUCUUGACACGCCAUCUGGGAAAGCAAUCUUAAUUAUGCUCUAUCAGUGCCAAAGUACCCAUGCUGUCUGUAUAAUUCACAAGGGAUCUGCCCAUCCAUAACCCAGAUGAAAUCCUUUCUGGUGAUCCUGCUCUUGCAGUGAUGGCAGUGUCAAAGUUAGGUGGUUCUAGCGGCCCUCUGUUCUGUCCAGCUAUUUGUUCCACCACAUUAUUUUUCCACACAAAUUUUAACUGUUCCGGUGGUGGGUGGUGCAGGUGUACCUGAGCUCACUGUUGAGAGGAGCAGCUUUCGGUACCCUGCAGCUGGUUUUUUAUUGUACACCGUCAGAUCACCUUCAUAACAACUCCUUCCUCUCUUCUUCACUUCCUAGUGGAUCACUGCAGAAGGCACCUAUAUCCCAGCAGUGCUUUGCAUACAGUGUGGUUUAGCUUCUGGGUGUUAAAUCAGCAUUUAAGCUACCAGGUCUUAGCUGUGGUCUCAAGAGGAGUUUGUCAUUCCUUCCCAGGCACCCAAUGCUCUUGAAAUCCUGUGAAUGCAUUUCAGCCGGGCCAGUGGAGCUCCAAAGGGCAGUCCAUGGUUAUCUUCAUCUUUAAUAUUAACAAGGUGUUGGGUCAGGAGGGGAUGAGUUACUUGCCAAGACCUGUUGCCUCUUCACUCUCCAAACCAGCUUUCUGAACUAACGAUGACCUUGCGUGCUUUUCCACUCUGUUUCAAGUUGUUUGUUGGCUGCUGCUAAGUCACUUGCUUUGCAGCCAACAAACCCUCAGUUCUUAUCUCUGCCAUCCACCCUAAAUACAGUCAUGGUAUAGCUUGUCAGGGAGAUAGGCCAAAGCUUUGGAAAAGGUGUAGUCUUUUGCAAGCCUGCCUGCUUCUUGUCCCAGAGCAGAGCAGAACAAAUCAAGUCAGAUGGGACAAAUGAUUUUUGUUUGGCAUGCUGGUCUGAAUAGUAUCAAAGCUGACUUGGAAAAAGGGCUUGUGGCAGCUAGUGUGGCAUAUAAAGUGUUUUUAAAAAGGCAAAGAAAGCCAAGCUGUUUGAGAGGUAGCAAAGAAAGCAAGUUUUAGUAAAAUGUAAGUGUACUUUUUGGUUGUUGGUUUGAUGCUUGUGAGUCUUAGAGGCUGAUGGUUUUUCUGAAGGUGAGCUCCCUCACCUGUUAAAAUGUCUGCCACGUUUUAUGGAGAAUCCACUGAAAACUGGAUGCUGAGAUUUCCAUGUGUCACCACAUCUACAGUGUAGAUCCAAGAAGCAGUGCUGGAGGUUAUGUCCUGACUAAUUUACUGUUAUGUAUUUGUUGUCAUGGGCCUCGCUUCUCCAGCACAGAGUGACAACAGAACUCUCUGCCUUACGUGUUGCUGGGAGAAAUGCAACAUGUAGAGGUCUCAAAUGAGCCUGCAUGUGAUGGAGAUUGAGGGUAGGAUUCCUCUGCUAAUAAAUGAGGAUCUGGCUCGUCACCUUUUUGAUUCAUCUUGCUCUUUUUACUGGGCUUGUCAGGAUCUGGAAUUCUCAAAUUAGAGCAGAUUUUCUUGAUCAUUUGACUUAAUUAAUGCUUUGAGGGUAAAUUUAAGGUCCUGAAACUGUUUAUAUUCAUCUCCUUGCUUGAGGGUUUUUGGUUGGGAAGGUAUCUGCUUUCUGUAUGACAGCCUGAGCUUUGGAGAGAGAGUGCUUGUUGGCAUUCAAGCCAGCUGUGUGUAUUUCAGAUCACUAGUAAUUGGGUAAAUAUGAUUCUCUCUGAGAUUCUUUUACGCAGGACUGCAAAGGAACUAUGUGUGUAACCUAUGCAAACAGGACAAAUGCCUUAGGGCGUGAAAUCAUCCAUCCAGUUCCCCUGCCAGUUCCUCUACCUGAGGGCUUUUCCUUAGAUCUAGAUUGGCUGAGUCUGUAACUGUAGUAGGAAGAAUGUUACUUUUUAAAGUUGAAAUACCUUUACAGCUGGUUGGAGGGGAAGGGCGAUGUUAUGGUCAGAAAGAUACCUAAUUUCUGCCACAGAUUUAUUGUGUUCAGAUCAUUACUGUUUCUUACUCUUCAUUCUUUGCUUGGAAAAUAACUAACACCAGUCUUACUAGGGAUUUGAGGAUGAACCCAUAAGUGUGUAGAUGCUUAGAUACUGUGGUGUUGAAUGCUUUAUUAAAGCUCGAUGGAGGAGAAAUGGAAAGGAUAUUUCAAGCUCUGACUUCAAAAUGAAGCAGACCCCUAUGUGAUCCAUUGUCCUGUGUAUUCUGUAGCAUGGUGAAAUUGUUGUGGAGUCCAUGUCAGGUCCUGCCUUGUUCAAGGCAAGUGGGCACUCUGACACCUCACUGUUUUUGCCUUCCCUGGAACUAUUUGCUUGUUUUGCUCACGUCUAACCUUGCCUGAAUCUUUUUGACUUCUAGGACUAUUUUCUCUCUUUUCUCUCUUUUACUUUUGUUCCAUUCUCAGAAACCGUUCUCUUCGUUGUCAGGGUGUUCAUGUAUGGUUUUAUUCCAAAUAUGCUCAGCCAGAGAGGGCCAAAAGCAGCAGCUUGCAUGCAGGAUGUUGCGUAGUUGGAAUGACAUGAGCCAGCCUCUCUGGAGUGUCCUCCUGGGACAAGAUGCUCGUAGGAAGGAAAUGGUGUGGAAAACCAUGUAGGAGUGUGAGAAUAGCUUUGCAAUGGUUGGAAUGCAGUAUAAGCAUCACUUGGGUGGGCUCAGUUUUCCUCUGCUUUUCAACAAUGCUGGGUGCCAAGCCUGAGGAAGACUGCUGUGCAGGGGUAAAGGAGCUGGAAUGUAUUCUUCAGUUGAGGUGAAUGCAAUUCAGUGAAACUGAUAGGCAUCAAACUGAAUAAUGAUUUUAAAGUAUUUUCACAUGAUGUCUAAUCUGUGGAAAUUCACUACCACAUAAUAGCACUGAGGCUAAGACCUGAGCGGGAUUCAGAAAAGAUCAAGCACUUACGAGUGGAAAUGUUCAGACUUGCUUUAGUUAAAAAACUUGUUUUAGAAGGUGUAUUUUUCAGACCUAAUCCAGUCUCUUAACAGGUAAAGGUUUGAAGAAAUGGCAGUGUGUUCCAUAAUUGUCCACUGAGGCUCCUUGCUCCAGCUACUAAACCACCUUAAUGUAUUGGUCUGUGUCAGGGGCAAGAAUUGAAUCACUUACGUGCUAUGUUAGGUUGCUCGCUGAUCUUGCUUUUUGUGGUAACUGCAUUAGGGGAAGAAAAAAACCAAACAACAAAUCACCAACCAAAGAACAAAUCCACAAAACACUGCAGCUGCUCUGAUUGGUCCUGGUAGUUGAGGAUUUUAAGCUGGUGAAGAGCAGGGUCUGUGGAAAGAUAGUGCCGUUCCUCGAGAAGGACUGUCUUACUGAUAAUCGUGGAGACGUGCAGCUAUUUUCUUUUCAUGCUGAGUGGUCAGGCAGAGCACUUGCUGCUUCUUCCCUUUGUUUGUAAGAGGGGAAAGAAUGUGUGGAGUUUGGCCUCUCCAAGUUGCAGUCUUGUUGUGGACUUUGGUCUGUAAGGUGUCUGAAAGGCAGGGCUUUAAGGCUGUUCAAGUGAGUUCUGGUAUGUUGUAGCAUGAGCCUCAGUGUACUAAUGUCUGUGAAGACAGUUUGUGUUUGUGUUCUGUGCUCGUGUCUAAUCUGUUGAGGAUCAGGAGAAUCGUCAGUGCUGCAAGAGCUGUUAGCCAGAUGCUGCUGAAUACUGACAGGAGAAAGCUGAUUCAGAGACAAACGACCAGAAAUGUUUGGACACGUCGUCACUUCAGAUCUGUCAUCUGAGUGAGUGUCCUGGCUUCAUGAGGCUUUGAAUUUGAGCCCAGGCUGGUAACUCGCUUUCGGAGCCACGCAGGUGGGAGGAUGUCGAGCACAGCCCCGUCAAAGAAGCCUUACCGCAAGGCGCCCCCGCAGCAUCGUGAAAUCCGACAUGAGGUGCCCAUCAUUCGUGACGACCAGGAUGGAGUGAUCUUGGCUGAGCAGAGUCAGGAACCCUUGACGGAUGCAGAAAGGAUGAAGCUACUGCAGCAUGAGAAUGAGGAGCUUCGUCGACGGCUGACAUACGUGACUAACAAAAUGGAGGCAAUGGAGAGGGAACUGGAGUCAGGUCAGGACUACCUGGAGAUGGAACUGGGCCAGAACCGUGAGGAGCUGGAGAAGUUCAAGGAUAAAUUCCGUAGGUUGCAGAACAGCUACACUGCUUCCCAGAGAACCAACCAAGACCUGGAGGAGAAGCUGCAUGCCCUGGCCUCUCUCAGCCAAAGCUGGAUUUUUGCAAUUAAAAAGGCAGAAAUGGACCGCAAAACGCUGGACUGGGAGAUUGUAGAGCUCACUAAUAAAUUGCUUGAUGCCAAAACCACCAUCAAUAAGCUGGAGGAACUCAAUGAACGCUAUCGACAGGACUGUAACCUUGCAGUACAGCUGCUCAAGUGUAACAAGUCUCACUUCAGGAACCACAAGUUUGCUGAUCUUCCCUAUGAGCUGCAGGACAUGGUGAAUAAGCAUUUGCACAGCGCGCAGGAGUCUGCAGGCCCUGGCCAAGAGGCAGCCCACACCUUGGCUCCAUCUGAUGUUGUGCCCACCUCAGUCAUUGCCAGAGUCUUGGAGAAACCAGAAUCUCUAGUUCUGAAUUCAGCUAAGUCUAGCAGUGGCAGCUGUCCCAUGGCUGAGGAUGUCUUUGUGCAUGUGGACAUGAGCGGAGCCCUCCCUGAUGCCUGCAACAGUGCAGGGCAGAUGGGGAAGGAGGGAGGAGAUGCGGGGAAACAGCAGAAUGGCGGCUGCAAGCCGCAGAGUAGUGUGGAAAGUGUGCCUGAAGAGGUGCCUGCCUUUGAGAAGCUAAGCCCAUACCCUACUCCCUCACCUCCCCAUCCUAUGUACCCAGGGCGCAAAGUGAUUGAGUUCUCUGAGGACAAGGUAAGGAUCCCAAAGAACAGCCCCCUGCCCAACUGUACGUAUGCUACGCGCCAGGCCAUCUCCCUCAGCCUGGUACAGAGCGAAGAUGAGAGCUGCGACAGGCACCGGACACUCCCCAGCAGCCCUGCUUCAGAAGGGCACCGUUCAGCCUCCAGCUGUUCCUGUCAGCAGUCCCCCAAAGCAGCCAGGGCUCACGGCUCUUCCCAGAGCAGCCCAUUCAGCAGCCCUCCCCAAAUCCCGAGCGCCUUUGCCAGCUCUGCCAGCUCUGAGGAGGACCUGCUGGCUAACUGGCAGCGUAUGUUUGUGGACAAGGCACCCCCCACCUCGGAGCGAGUGCUGAUGAACCGCACGGCUUUCAGCCGUGAUACAGCCCCCGAGCUCCAGAAGAGGUUCAGCCGCUCCAUGCAGGAGCUGGGUAGGGCAGCCUCAGCUUACUCGGAUGGUGAGGAGUCUGCACAGAGCUGCAGCUGGACCGUGAGCCGGGACUCAAGCGUGGACACAGACAGCACCGAGUCCAGAGCCCGCAGGAGCCAUUUCUCCUCAGACUAUGGUACAGAUUUUUCCCAGGAUGAAGCCCAGAAGCUGUUGCUUGAAAGCGGUGGAGGCACUGCUGAGCCUGAAAGCCCCUCACCAGAGAAGCACAAGGACUAUGUAGACCUUGGCUUGCCUGAGAGCCCAGCUGAGGAGAGAGAAAUGCUGCUCCAGGGAAACAAGGAGAGCAGCCAAGGCGGUGUCCAAGAGGAAAGUGGAGAAGGCAGGGUCAAGCCUCCUUUCAGUCGGCCGCACCGCAGCCCCAAGAGGAUGGGGGUGCACCACUUACAUCGCAAAGACAGUCUGACGCAAGCCCAGGAGCAGGGCAACCUUCUCAGCUGAGGCAGAGCAAGAAGCAGCCACGCUUAGUGGAGCUGUGGGAUGCCCCCAUCAGUCCACCUGAGGGAGAAGCCUCCCUUAGUACCCUCCUCCCAGGGGAAAUCUGCUCUGAGGUUUUAUAUUUAUUCUCUUCUUUUGCUACCUGGAAGAGCUGGGAUCUCCCUUCCCUGGCACCUCAGACCCUCAGUACAAGCACACACAGUGUGCAGAAGCACACCCACUGCCCCUACACACUCGCAGCUCUCUUCACAGCCUCACACUGGUGCCUGUACCAGAGCUAGUUCUUGGUACCCUUGUCCUGGUGCCUGUGCCUCUUUUUGCUCUCAUCCCCCUUCCCACUCAGGUACCCGAGGCCCUGGGUGCUCUUGUGUUGUUUCCCCUCAGCUGCUCUGCUCUCUUUUAACUUGUGCCAACAGGGCAGAGUGCCUGUGUGGUGGUGUCUGAUUCCCUGGGAGCCCCAGCGGCUGUGAGUGGGGCACAAGGACUCUCCCAGCAGAUGGCUGUGUGCCGUGGGGAUGAGCUGGGAUUGCUGCUGUCUCAUUUUCCUCCUGGGUUUUGUUUUCCCCAGCCACCCACUGGGUGGGUCUUCAGAAUCUGCCUCUGCAGGUCGCUGUCAUAUGUCUCCAGGGCUGGGCUCAGCACCUGGUCCCCACUGAAGCAAUGCACAGGGGCUGGUGCUGUGGUGUGGGGCAUGGGUGCUGCUUGCUGAGGUGGUUUGGGAGGCAGUGCCUGCUGGGCUCUGGGGUUUGUAUUUGUGUGUCUCCUCCCUCACACCUCUUUCCCCGUUCUCUGUGCUGUUGUUUUGUUUGAACGGUGCUGGUGCUUUGCUCUUGGGUGGGCUUCUUUCUUCUUUCCAAGCCUUUGGUUUUGGGGUGUAUUGUUUUUUCUUUCCCCCACCCCGCGUAAACAGACACAGCUGUUGGCAGCCGGUCUGAUGCCUGCACUGAGGGUGUGUUGAGGAGUCUCAGCUAUCAGAUCUGCACUUCCCUCUGAUCCUGGCCUCCAGCCUGCAGAAACCCCUCCAGAUUUAAGAACAAGGUUUUGCCCCAGGCAAGCAAGGCAUGAAGGAUGCUGCCGGGCUUUUCUGGGAAGGGCUUGGUGCAGGGCCAGCAGGGAUGCGAGGGCAGCAUGCUGAGGAGCUACUCCCUGCAGAUGCACUACCUCAUGGCUCGGCAGCAGCCCUUCACCAGGGUCUCCUUGCACGCCCCCUUCUCUGGGGGGCUCCAGGCUCUGAUGCCUGUCUGGAGCCUCCCUUUCUGGGUAGGGCUUUCUGUGUGUUUUUCCUAGCGUAGUGUGAUGUUGUGUGACUUUUCUUCUCAGUCUUGUGUGCUCAGUGUCUUGCUGGGGGGGAGGGAAGGGGAGAGGUCUGUAGAUGUAGGUAUUUUUUUGAGGGCUUACAAAGCCCAGGCCUCCUGUUUUAAUUUUGUCCUGUGCCCUUGUCUGUCUGGUGUUUCUUGGCUUCCAUGGGAGUGCAGGGCAGAGAACAGCCCAGUUCCCUUCACCAUACCCCCUUCAAACCCUGCCCUCAGCCUCCUGUCUGGUUUUUGAGUUGGGUUUGUGUUGUCCUCCCACCCUACACCAUGCGGGCUCUUCAUUGGGCUGGAGGAGAGCAUCCUUCUCUCCAGGAGGGAGCAUCUGUUCAUACGCUUACAUCAAGAUUUGCAGCCAAGAGCUGUCUGGGGGGCCUGCUCCCCUCCCCAAACCCCUGUCUCUGUAAAGGGCUUGCAGCUUGUAGCUGGGGCCAGCCAGGGCUUCAGCUUGAGCCCGGAGGCUCCAGGGCCAGUGAAGGGGAGCUGCAGGCCUCUCUGGCAAGCUGUGUACGUUGUUUUAUGUACCCUGGGCAGAGCUGCUGCCUACACACCUUGUUUCCCACCUGGAACAGUUGUAGAGUUGGAUGCCACCCUCUGGUGGGGAGGUGGGACUCAGUAUUUCACUGCAGUGUUUCGCUGUGCAGACAGGCUGAGAGUGGGAGCCUUCUCUGAGCCUGCAGAGUGUUUAUCUCCCCUGUCCCAGUUGUGGAGGGGUGGGGGUGUUUUCCUUGUGUUUGCUGCCAUCAGCCACUCCACUGCUGCAUUUCUUUUGUUCUUCUGCAGCACUGCUGAGGGUUUGCAUCUGCAGCAGCUGCCAGAUCCUGCCUCAGAUGUCACCUGGGGUUGGCUGCUCACUGAGUGAGCUGCUCUGGCUGAGGCUGCUGGUGGCCUGCAGUGGGGGAGGCAUUGCCCCCCAGGGCUCAGCCCCAUCUCCCCUGAAUCCUGGCAUGCUGGUCAGUGGACAAAACUCUUUUGCUGAGGCAGCUGGUGCUGAUGAUCCUGAACAGAGCUGGCUUUGCUCUGCCAGCAAAACAGUCAAGUGGAGAGGUGACAAAGGUCCCACCACCUCACCAGACACUUGUGCUUUGCAGCAUUAGGAUGCUGGCAGAGGUUGAGGGGGACUGGUGGCCUCAAGCAGCAGCAGAGCCCUCUCCCUGUGGGCAUUGUGUCCUCUGCACUUCUGCCCACCUCCAGCAGUAUUGGCUCUGGGGCCUUGAGCCCAUCCGAGUUCCAGUGUCCCAACUCCAGACUGUUAAUCUGUAACUAAUGUGUUUUUUUCUGAGAUUUUCAAACUGAUGUAUAUUUUAAGACCAGAAAUAAACUAUUUUAAAAGUA